AUGGCCACCGCUCGCAAGCGGCCUCGGCCGGAGGAGUCCACCGAGAAUGUGGCCGAGUGCCCUUUCACCGUCAUCCAUCCGGAUCCCGAUGAGAAGGAGAUGAAGACAAAGCGCCGCCGUGGCGGUUCAGAGGAUCGGCCCGCGCCUCCGCCAAAAAUUCACCUCCAGGUCUCGCCAUUCUCUCCGAUCGGCAAGUUCAACGCCAAGGAUAACACCAUGGACCGCCACUACCAGAUCGCUCCGUUUGCCAAGUGGAUGAAUAUGACCAGAUAUAACAGCUUCGUUUUGAAUGGUGUCAAGUACCACAGUGAAGGCUUCGUCUUCGUGGCCAACGACAACACUAUUGAGCGCCAGAAAAACCUCGGCGAGUCCCGUCAACCUAGACAGAAGUCGGAUGACGACUGGGUCGCAAGGAUUCUCGAAAUCCGCGCUGCGGACGAGCAUCACGUGUAUGCGCGCGUCUACUGGAUGUACUGGCCUGACGAGCUGCCGGCAGGCACGACAGAAGGAAAGCGGGUCAUCAAGGGUAGACAGCCUUACCACGGCAACAACGAGCUCAUCGCUUCCAAUCACAUGGAUGUCAUCAACGUCGUCAGUGUCACGGCAAGCGCUACCGUUCAUCAGUGGGACGAGACAAAUGAAGAUGAAGUACAGCCGGCUCUGUACUGGCGCCAAGCCUUUGACUCUGUUGGAAGGUAUUGCCGCUGCAACCGUCCCGAAAACCCCGACAAGAAGCUCAUUCGCUGUACCAACGAGAAGUGCCGCAAGUGGCUGCACGACAAGUACCUGGUCCACGAGGCUCUCCUCCGCACUUUCGCACGCCUCGGAACCAACAAACCUCACAAGCCGGCGCCCGUCAAGGACGAGCGAGAUAAUGAGACUGGCCGCCAGCCUCUGUCACCCAGCAAGUCAGGAGCAGCACCAACGGCGGAGCCUUCUAUUGAUGUGAAGCCCGAGGAGCAAAACACCGUCAAGAUGGCUGAUGUCAACAACGUGCUUCCCAUUAUCACGGCAGAGCGCACGGGACAGGCGCCCGAACCAAAAAAGAGAGGCCGCGGCCGCCAUUCAGAUGCCCCGGAGGCAAAACCAUUCGAGGGUUAUUUCUCUGCCAUCAUUAGAAGUGACGUCAGUCCGCUAGUUGUCGAGAUUACUGAUCUGCGGGAAGAAGUGACCGGUGGUCUCAAGGAGUGGACGGAGCGUCUUGACUGCCUUGUCUGUGGUCAGCCAAUCCACUAA